AUGGCCCCCUCCCGACCACAAGGCCGGCGGCGAACGGCGCUCCUUGCACUGGGUCUGGCGGCCAUCUUCUUCGGGCUCUUCUCCCACUAUCGGUCACACUCAGAAGAAUACAGUCAUGUCAGCUCAGGCACCCACGGCGAGUUCUGGAGACAGUUCCAACCCCUAUUGAUACAAUGGGGACCCGGCUGCGAUCCCCCAGAGCGACUUGCCAAGGCAGACUCGGUCGGCUUUGAUCCCAAAAACACCGACCAGCCACCCAACCUCACCGGAAUGCCCGACGAAGACGUCCUGAAAAUGAAACACGCACACAGCAAAUUCGUGCACGCCAUCGCCAAGGAGCCCCCAGCACUGGCCUACCAACCAGGCACGCGGGGGAUAGUCUCGACCGCGGGCGGCUCGUAUCUACCCGUGCUCGUCAUCUCCCUCCGGAUGCUGCGCCAGACGGGCUCCAAUCUGCCCAUGGAAGUAUUCCUGGCCGACUGGGACGAGUACGACGCUACAUCUGCCAGCAAAACCAAGAUCGAGAAGUACCAGUACAAGCCGUUCGCCAUGCUCUUCUCCUCCUUCGAGGAGAUCCUCUUCCUCGACGCGGACGCGUUUCCUCUCCAGAAGCCGGAGCGGGCAUUCACCAGCGAGCCCUUCACCUCCAAGGGUCUGAUCACCUGGCCGGAUUUCUGGGGCCCCACGGCCUCGCCGCUGUACUAUACCAUCGCGUCGCAGGAGAGACCCGCACCGAACAUCCGGCAGUCGACGGAAUCGGGCGAGGUGUUUAUCUCGAAGCGCUCGCAUCUCAGGACCCUGCUGCUCGUCGCCUACUACAACUACUGGGGUCCCGGGUAUUACUACCCGCUUCUCUCGCAAGGCGCAGCCGGCGAAGGCGACAAGGAGACCUUCCUCGCGGCCGCGACGGUGCUCAACGAACCCUUUUACCAGGUCAGUGAGCCCAUCCGCGCGCUGGGCCGUCAUACGAACGAUGGAUUCGCCGGCUCGACCAUGGUUCAGUAUAGCCCGAUGGAGGACUACGCCUUGACGACCAAGGGCGAGUGGCGGAUCAAGGGGGCCAGCGUUCCGCCGCCGAAACCGUUUUUCGUGCACAUUAACUUCCCCAAGUUCAAUCCCGCCACGGUAUUCUCGGACAACGGGCCCGUGAUGAAGGAGGAUGGCAGUUAUACGCUGGCGUGGACGGCUCCGGAGGAAGUGAUUGAGUCGUUUGGGCCGGAUCUGCAGCGUCGGCUGUGGGGGGAGAUUCGGUGGACGGCUUGUGCGCUUGAGGGUAAGAGUAUUAGUUGGAAGGGGCAGACGGGGAUCUGUGAAAAGGUUGAGGAUUAUUGGAAUACCAUCUUCCGUUAA